GGAAAAAGAAUCGGAGGGGUUAGAAAUCGGACAGAAGCUCUCGUCCUGAUUCAAUUCGAUUCUCCGCGAAGGCGAAACCGUAGAGAACAAGAAGAACUCAGGAGACAAAAUGAGCUUUGUCAUGACCAAUUCCUGUUCCUCGCCGCCGCUUGUCGGCUUCUCCAAGCUUCGUCAGAUCUCUGUCGGAACCAGAAGAGGCGAAACCCUCUUUCGGCCGCCAUUUUCUUCUGCUCGUAGAAACCUAAGUGUGAAGUCGUUCUGUUUCAAUCUCCCUCAGGAACCCAUUCUCUCGGAGGCUCUGAAGGAGCCAGUUGCCUUUGUGGGCGGGAUGUUCGCGGGACUUUUGAGACUCGAUCUGAACGAAGACCCGCUGAAGGAAUGGGUGACGCGAACAGUAGAAGCCUCCGGUUUUUCCGAAGAGGAAGUUGCAGAAGAUGGGAUGGAUUCAGGUGAAGAAGAAGCUCCUCAGCAGAUUGAGAUUGAAUGAGGUUUGUUGUGUACAAUUUGUCCGUACAAGUGAUGAUGCUCUUAUCAAAAAUACCAUGUUACUCCUUAAUACAUUUCAUAGUUGGGAUAUACAUACAUAUACAUAUAUAUAUACA